AUGUUUAUUCUUUUUUUUUUUAAAAUAUUUCUACUUUUAAGUUAUUUUAUAAAUUAUAAUGUAGUUGGAGGUUUAUCUAAACAAAGUUUUAGUCUUCGUAAUAAAAUUAUUCCACAAAGAAUAAAUAAAAAUUUCUUCAAUUCAAUAAAGAAUAACAAAAUAUCAAAUCAAUAUUUAAGGAGGAAUAAUUAUUCUUUUAUUCAUUUCAAGAAAAAGAGGUUACCACAUCUUUUAUGUUUCCAUAGUAAAGACUGUGAAUACUGUAAUAGUAUGGAAAAACUAUUAAAAAAAUUAAAAGAAGAAGAAAAUAUAAAAUUUCUCAAAUUAGAAAUGUAUGAAAACACCUAUAAUUUUGAAUUAUUGCAACAAUUAGAUUAUAACAAUUUAUGUGGUGGUUUACCAUAUUAUUAUAACUUAAAGACUCAUUAUAACAUUUGUGGAGCGACUACAUAUAAAAACUUGAGAAAUUGGGCAUUGGAUAAAAAAUGCAAUCCAAAUGAGCCACCAAAUGAUGAAAUAUAA